UGCGCUCCCUUCCCGGCAGAGUGCGUCCCGCUCCACACACGUUCGCGCACACACCGGAGUCACUCUGCCUCCAGGCAUCGGGCUGGUUUCUCUCCCGUACCUCCCGAGUAUCGCAGAUGAGCAGUCUGGAGGACGCCUGCAGACCCUUGCUGCCCGUGCACCUCCAGCGCGCGUUAAAAAAACUCCGCUGUUUGUUUUUUCUGUAAUUGUUUUCUCCGUUGUUUUCUCAACUCGGUGCGUUUGGAUUACGGAGAAAAGCAGCGCGGCGCGGACGCACAACUCCCGAAUCAUGGAAUUAUGGAUAAAGUUGAUGUUGUUGCAUUGCUGCUUUUUUGCAGCAAGUGCAGACUUCGACGGCAGGUGGCCGCGGCAGAUGGCAUCAUCCAAUGGCCUGUGUCGAUACGGGGCCAGGGUGGACUGCUGCUGGGGAUGGACGCGCCGAUCCUGGGGUCACUGCCAGCCUCUCUACGCCUUAACUCACAGAGUAGUCGGGAUAAGGUGCCAGCCCCAAGCUGUGUGCCAGCCGGGCUGUAAGCAUGGAGACUGCGUGGGACCCAAUAAGUGCAAGUGCCACCCCGGCUUCACCGGCAAGACCUGCAAUCAAGAAGAAACUGUGGACUAUUUAACCCCACCAGUGUGGGCUGAUCACCUUCCUAUCUUUCUCCCCGUGGACCAUCAACCAGCGAGGGUGGUGACGGAGGACCUGAACGAGUGCGGGCUGAAGCCGAGGCCCUGUAAACACAGGUGCAUGAACACGUAUGGAAGUUACAAGUGCUACUGCCUGAACGGCUACAUGCUGAUGCCUGAUGGAACAUGUGGAAGCGCUCGCACUUGCGGCAUGGCCAACUGCCAGUACGGCUGUGAGGUGCUGAAAGGGGAGGUCCGAUGUCAGUGUCCGUCGCCGGGGCUGCAGCUGGCUCCGGAUGGAAGAACCUGCGUGGACGUGGAUGAGUGCGCAGCAGGGAUAGCAGUGUGUCCCAGGUUCAGGAAAUGCAUCAACACCUUCGGUAGCUACAUCUGCAAGUGCCACGAGGGGUACGACCUGCAGUACGUCAAUGGGAAAUACCAGUGCAUAGAUGUUGAUGAGUGCUCUUUAGGUCAGAGCCACUGCAGCAGCUUCGCCACCUGCUACAACACGCCGGGCUCCUACAAGUGUAAAUGCAAAGACGGCUACAGGGGGAUGGGCCACGACUGUAAACCCAUUCCAAAGGUGGUUAUUGACCCACCGAGACCAGGCAAACUGCCUCCGACUCAUCACAACCACAUCCCAGACAUGGAUCAGAAGAGGACCACCACCGUCCGUACGCCAGUCACUCCAAAGAGAAUCUUCACCGUUAUCCCCAAAUUGCCAUCAACCACCACCACCGCCGCCGCCAUCGUGACUACGACAACCACGACUAAAGCGCCUCCCAGGAGGGUCGCGCCGCCUCCACGCAAACCACCAGUUCCAACCAGGAAGCCCUUUGUCCCCACUAGGAAGCCGUCGAUACCGACACGCAAGCCCUACGUCCCGCCAAGGCCCGUGGCCCCCACCAGACAGCCCCCGACGCCUCCACCGGCCACGCCGGUGGACAACACCAUCCAGAAGGAGGUCACCAAGCAGAGAGGGGACGUCCACAUUCCUAGGAACCCUGGCCACAACACUGUCCUCGACAUUGACUUUGACAUUGAACUGGGCAACACAGCGGACGAAGCCAAGGAUGACCCAGACUCGGGGUAUCUGAGCUGUUCCUUUGACGACGGCCUUUGUGGUUGGAUCAGGGACAAAGACGGCGACCUGCACUGGGAGACGACGCCCGAUCCGUCAGGUGGGAGGUAUCUCACCAUUCCUGAAGCAGGAAACAAGAGGACUGGACGCGGGGCCCGGCUGGUCCUCCCGCUCACCCCUCCCUGGAACGACGGCAAUCUGUGCCUGUCGUUUCGGCACAAGCUGGCGGGUCACCACGUGGGGAUGCUACAAGUGUUCGUGAAGAAGGGAAAACAAUACAGUCCAGCAGUGUGGGGUCGAACAGGUGGGAACGGCUGGAGGCACACCCAAAUCACGUUAUGGGGCACAGGCCUAGAAAGUGUGAUCCUAAAGGGGGAGCGCGGGCGAGGCCGGAGUGGGGAGAUGGCCGUGGACGACAUCACCUUGAGGAAAGGCUCCUGCACGGAGGAGCACAACCUGAGGAGACUCUGACUGACAGAACGGAGAAAGCCAGAGCGAAAACAAGAGGGAAAAUCAUCUCAAAGAGAACUGGCUCUGUUGUGACGUCCCCUCGGUCCGCCUGUCUGCUCACUGAUCCCCUCCCUCAACCCGGCCGCCAUCCAUCUUAACAAUAACCCGAAAAAUUGUGUGUCUGCAGAACAGUGGGUUUCUCUCUCUCUCGACUGUCCAUGAAUAAAAGGACCGAACCUAAUCUCAUGGGCGGAUCCCGGCAGCACACCCCAAUCUUCUCGGCCUCCCCGUCACUCCAUCGGCUCGAUACUCUGAAACCUGCAUGCACCUACUUACCAUGGAAAUGCAGCCCUGGUAGCCUCCCAGCCACAGCGCUGGGAGUUCACUACAUUUCUUCAUGGAUGGAGGAUUGCUCCUUCUUUUAGGAGUCCACUUUUGCUUUGCUUUGAGCCUUUAACCACAGUGCAUUGCUUUUCAUUUGCGUAUUGGUAAAACAUGUGACCGGGGUUGCUUUUUGUGAUUAUUUCGACCUGUAAAAUAUCCAAAAUACACAUUUCGUUGGGGGUUAGACUGAAAAAACUGUAUGUAAAAGACAAAUUGUAUAUAUCCAAAUUAGGUCUGAAUCCAAAUUCCUCCAAGUCUGAUGUGGACACAGUGUAUAAAACCAAAAAGUGAGUCAGUUUAGCCCUGCUUUCGUUGGUCUAAUCAGAAUUUCUGGCAGCUUUACUCUCAACAACAGCUUUACCGUCGUUGCCACUCAAAGAUCUGCUCAGUAGCCUGGAGCUUAAAUAUUUAGCACCUUUUCUUUCCCAACUUUUUUUUUUUUGUCAGAGCUCCUUGAUAAAACUCCCAACUCUCAUGUUCUUCACACACUUGGAAGCGUGCAAAACCAGAAUCAGCGCGCAAUUUUUGACACUCGCGAAUCAACACCUGCUUUCUAUUAAACGUGUACAUGUUUUGUUAACAUAAACUGAGCGCAGUUUGUUACAAAGACAAUGGUGCCAACGACUUUUUAGGCUCUCACAAACUGUAUUAUUGUAAAUGUAGUCGUGUGUACAUACUCUAUACGAUCCCGUUUGCUGUGUGGUUUCUAUGUUACGUAAACUCCUCCGUGGAUAUUAAUUGGAGUACAAGUGGUUGCCAUUUCAGAUUUUAAUUAAAGGACUCAUGCGCAGAUGGGAACCUUGUGUCGCGCAAGGCUGUGUUUAGCAAAAAGUGUGUGUGUUUGUGUGGUGUAACGCUCUGUCUGUGACUUGCAUAGCACGUUGCCGCCUAUUGUAUGCUGUGAUAAUGAAGGGCAUCAGCUGGAGGUUAAAGGUCUUCUGUAUGCAUGGUUGCAUUCACAAAAAUUCGAUUUUAUCCGAGUACCAGUAUGUAAAUAAAAUACAUUUGACUGAUA